ACUUUGGGUUCUUGCGCAAUUCCCUAAUCUAUAUUGGCUUUUUUGGUAAAUCUGUUGGAUUUUUAAUAAAGGUUACCAAGUUUUUACUCGCUAUCUCUUUUAUUUUUUUCCUCGUUGAAGGAAUUUUACCGAAGUUAUUUGUUGCAAAUGUUUUGUCUGAAAUAAUUCCAGUAACACUUGUUUUCCUGUUUUUUAAGAUAAAACCCAAAUGAUUUAUGAUUGAAUGAUUCCUUUGUUCCAUUUGAUGCAUCUUCAACGUUUUCUUCACGAUCUCUUUCUCUGGCUCAAUUUUCUUUUUUCUUUUUUUUAGAUCCUUUAUAACUCAUACUACCAAAAUCAAUCAUGAAAAGUAGCUUUAUUUUUCUAUUUCAAAGCUAUUUUAAAGGUAACAGAUAUCUGGAGCCGUGUUUCAGAACAAGAAUCGAUUCUGUAGUUCUUUUACCUUCGUCCGUAGGGGGGAGUUUUUUGUCGUAAUGAAAGCAGCGGUACUUUUGUGCGAUGGAACCUUCUUUCCUUCUCUUCUCAAGGAAAUGUCUGCAGUAGUAGGUUGUUUCAAUGAGCGUGCGCAGAAAUUGCUUGAGCUGCAUCUUGCUUCUGGCUUUCGGAAGUACGUUAUUUGGUUCAAAGGCAAGCUACAAAAGAAUCAUGGCACCUUAAUCCAAGAAGGAAAGGACCUUGUUACUUAUGCACUGAUCAACGCCAUUGCGAUAAGAAAAAUUCUGAAGAAAUAUGAUAAGAUUCAUUACUCUAAGCAAGGUCAGGCCUUCAAGUCCCAAGCACAAAGCAUGCAUAUUGAAAUUCUUCAGAGUCCCUGGCUCUGUGAGCUCAUGGCUUUCCACAUCAAUCUAAGGGAAAGCAAGAUCAAAUCUAGGAAGGCACCAACAUUGUUUGAGGGCUGCAACCUCACAUUUAAUGAUGGCAAACCAUCACUUACUUGUGAGCUCUUUGAUUCAGUCAAAGUUGAUAUCGAUUUGACUUGUUCUAUAUGCUUGGACACAGUCUUUGAUGCGGUUUCCCUCACAUGUGGCCAUAUAUUCUGCUACAUGUGUGCUUGCUCAGCCGCAGGAGUGACUAUAGUGGAUGGACUAAAGGCAGCAGAGUCUAAAGCCAAAUGCCCUCUUUGCCGAGAGGCCAGAGUUUAUGAAGGUGCUGUACACCUGGACGAGCUUAAUAUUCUAUUGAGCAGAAGCUGCAGGGAAUACUGGGAGGAGCGGCUUCAGACAGAAAGAGUAGAGAGGCUUCGGCAGUCGAAAGAGCACUGGGAGAACCAAUGUCGGGCGUUUAUGGGGGUCUAAUUAGGCAAUGCCAUUCCUGUGCUAACUAUAGAAUCAGCAUCAACGAUGCAUCCGAAAAUAAUAAAUGUAGAUGCCAGUGACCUGUUUGUGUUAAGUUUCUUCUUCUUCUUCUUCUUUUUAUUUUUGUAUAGUCCUUUUGUUUCAACACAGUAUAUAUAGCAGUGAUUUGAUUGAUUGCAACGGUUUGAAUA